AUGGUCACUUCUUCCCAGGUCUCCAAGUUCCUGUUACUGGGUUUCUCCAGCUUCAGUGAAUUGCAGCCUGUUCUCUUUGUGCUCUUUCUCUGCCUCUAUUUGAUCAUCCUGUGUUCGAACCUCACCAUCUUCUCCAUCAUUUGCCAGCCUUUGCACUACCUCAUUCUCAUGACCUGGAGGGUAUGUGGACAGCUGGCAUCAACUUGUAUUGUUAGUGGCUUCCUAAUAUCUCUGGUGGGAACAAUUUUGGUCUUCAGCCUCCAUUUCUAUGGCUCCAACAAGGUCAAACACUACUUUUGUGAUAUUUCACUGGUUAUCCAAUUUGCCUGUGCUGAAACCAAUGUCAAUGAGCUGGUCAUCUUCAUCUGUGGCAUCUUGGUACUUGUUGUUCCCUUGAUCUUCACCUGCAUGUCUUAUGGCUUCAUUGUCCAUACCAUCCUGAAGAUCCCAACUAAUGAAGGCAAGUGGAAAGCCUUCUCCACUUGUGCCUCCCAUCUUAUUGUGGUCAUUGUCCACUAUGGCUGUGCCUCCUCUGUCUACGUGCAGUUCUCAGCCAAAUAUUCAUCAAGCAAAGACAGGCUGUGA